AUGGCGAUCACUGCUAAGUGCCACAAGCUCCUGGAGGCCGAAAUCCUUCAGCGGUCUUCCCAGAUUGUUUCGGUCGUCGACAACCAAGCAUACAUCUUCGGAGGAGAGCUGCGGCCGCGUGAGCCUCGAGACAAUGUUGUAUAUGCCGUGUCUUUAGACAAUGCCACUGUCUCCAAAGCUACUCAGCCUCAAGCACUGCAAUCCCCCUCCGCACGCGUCGGAACAGCAUCUGCGACACUCAAUGAAAAAAUAUAUCUAUUCUCCGGCCGCGGUGGAGUCGCAAUGGCCCCGAUCGAAGAACAGGGCGCGAUCUGGGAAUUUGACACUUCCACUUCCACUUGGUGUCUGGUCAAACCCUCAACAAUGAACUCGACUGCAGUCCCGGCUGCUCGUAGCUAUCAUUGUAUGACCAGUGACGGCAAGGAUACACUCUACAUCCAUGCCGGAUGUCCCGAGUCCGAACGACUAUCAGACCUGUGGGCUUUCAAUGUCUCGCGCAAGGAAUGGACUGAGCUUGCACCUGCAUUCGAUCCCCCUCGUGGCGGUACAUCAAUUACCUUUACGGAUGGAAAGUUGUAUCGUAUGAACGGUUUCGAUGGGAAGACUGAGCAGGGUGGAAACCUGGAUAUUUAUACUCCGGAGACCAACUCUUGGGAAGCCCAUGUGUAUGCUCCCGAUGGAAAGGAUGGUCCAACUCCACGCAGUGUUAGCGCUUUGUUGCCGGUCCCUGCUAGUGGUCGGUCUUGUCUGAUUACCUUGUUUGGAGAGCGAGAUCCUAGUUCAUUGGGUCACCAGGGUGCCGGAAAGAUGCUGGGUGAUGUGUGGAGCUUUGACAUUGGGAAUAAGAAGUGGGAGCAGGUGGAUCUGCAAGGUAGCGAACUUCCACUUGCACGGGGCUGGUUUGAUGCUGAUGUCGCGGCCUCAAAUGCCAUUAUCGUUCAUGGUGGACUGGGAGAGUCGAACGAUAGGCUUGGGGAUGUCUGGAAGCUUGAAUUCGAGUAG